GGAGAAAAUUUCCUAAAAAGGGAAGAGGCCUUGACGCGAGGAAGGCAUCUGCUGAGGGAGUGCGCAGGCGGAUGGAAGACAGGGAGCAGAAUGUGGACAACAAAGACGGAUGGAAAGAGGUAGCAGCUGUUGAUGACUUUGAUGAUGAUGAUGUAUCCUACAAGGCUGUCAUCGUUGAUAACAAGGGAUUCGUGCUCAUUCGACGAGAGGACCAGACGUACGCGAUCGAUGCGAAUUGCACCUCGUGCAAAUUUCCUUUGAUGAAAGGCGAGGUGACAGAUCCGGCUGAAGUUGGUUCAGAGCCAGAACCAAGAAUUGAGUGCCCACUUUGUCAUUCCACGUUCUCGCUAAUGGACGGAAGCGUGAUUGAACACUGCCCCAAGGAUGGUGUGCUACAGUGGUUCAUUGGAACAGUGAAAGAAAAAGACAAACCGAAACCCGCCAAGGUGUACAAAACCCAUGUCUCAAGAGCAGGCCGGGUGUAUAUCCAGCUCCGCCGCUGACAUUGAUCGGGGUUCAGAUUCACGAAACCAUCACGGCAUGCUGGGCCCUCUGGUGCAAAAAAAAAGAAAAGUAGUCCGCCCUAGUCCUCCGGACAUCUGUUAAAAUUGGAAUGAUACAGAGAAGAUUAGCAUUGCCCCUGCAGGAAAAAAAAAAAAGGGGAAGGAAUCUGUAUGCCCUUGUGGCUCUCAUACCUGCCCGUAAGAUUGGGCUGUAAGAUCAUCAAUGAUUGGAUGGUUCUUUUUUUUUUUUUUUUUGGUUCUUUAUUUCGUUUUCCUUUCUUCUUGUUUUUUUCGUCGUCCUCUUUUCACUCUCUCUAAGCGGCGACAGUCGAGCACCUAUUAGAUUGUGUCUUCUUCUUUUUCUUUUUCUUUUUCUUUUUCUUUUUCUUUUUCUUUUUCUUUUUCUUCUUCUUCUUCUUUUCUGUUUUUCUUUUCUGUUUUUCUUUUUUUAACUGGGCCAGGGUGCUGCAAGGGGUGAUAUCAUGAUAUGAGCACCUCCUCAUAGUAUAUCCCCACCGCCAGUGCUCCGGUCUAUUGGUGGGGAGUUUCACCUGCUGGAAAGCGGGUCCAGCAUCCCUUUGUAGU